CCUCGAAGCUGCUUAUGAUAAAUCACUGUUACCUGACGAACUUUGAGCCGCAAUACCAAACCAAUCCCCUCCCAUCAUGAACAUCCUAUCAUCACCCUCAACGAAUGGCUGCGAGGACAGCACCGCUAUGGAUGACUCCACAGCCCCGACUACGCCAGAGGGGAGCUACAUGUCCAGCCCCUUAUUGAGGCCACAGAUUCUGGAAUCUAUGGCGAUGUGCAUGGCACAAGACAGACCUAUCCGCAAUAUCUGCUGCGUCGGCGCAGGAUACGUCGGAGGUCCAACGGCGGCGGUCAUCGCCUUCAACAACCCAAACAUCCAGGUGACCGUGGUAGAUCUCAAUGCAACCCGGAUUCGCCGCUGGAACAGUCGCCAUCCUCCCAUCUUUGAACCUGGUUUGGCAAACAUUGUGCGCGUUGCCCGAGACGGGACUCGGGAUGUCGUUCUCAGCAACGAGCCAGCCGCACAGACAUGUUCCCUCUCACAAGCGGGGAAUAGCGAGAUAAUACUUCCAGACGCUGCCGCCCACUCGAAGCCUCCUGGCCAAGCAGCCGCCGCCAACCAGCAGAUUACUGUGCCUUCCAGACAGCCCAACCUUUUCUUCAGUACGCAGGUCGACAAGUGCAUCUCCGAAGCGGACAUUGUCCUCAUUGCCGUCAACACGCCGACCAAGACGAGGGGCGCCGGCAAAGGAUGCGCGACCGACAUGGCGGCCUUCGAGGCUGUCACAGCCGACGUAGCUCGACACGCAAGACCUGGCGCCAUCAUCGUCGAGAAGAGCACGGUGCCGUGUCGUACUGCGCAGAUGGUUCAACAAACGAUGGCCAUUCACCGUCCCGGCGUUCAUUUUGAAAUCCUAUCCAACCCAGAAUUCCUAGCAGCCGGCACAGCCGUCCACGAUCUCCUCUACCCAGAUCGAGUGCUCAUCGGCUGCUCCCCUACCUCAGCCGGCCGCAGAGCCGCCGCGGCGCUCGCAUCCGUCUACGGCGCCUGGGUGGCGCGGGAGCGCAUCCUCACCACCAACGUGUGGUCCUCGGAGCUCGCCAAGCUGGUGGCCAACUCGAUGCUGGCCCAGCGGAUCUCGUCCAUCAACUCGAUCGCGGCCGUGUGCGAGGAGACGGGCGCCAACGUCGACGAGGUGGCGGCGGCGAUCGGCGCGGACCCGCGCAUCGGAGACAAGUUUCUCAAGGCCGGCAUUGGCUUUGGCGGGUCGUGCUUCAAGAAGGACGUCUUGUCGCUCGUGUACCUGGCGCAGAGCCUCGGUCUGGACGAGGUGGCGGCGUACUGGCGACAGGUCCACUCGAUGAACGAGUACAGCCGGAAUCGGUUCGCCGCACGGGUGGUGCGGUGUCUGAAUAACACGCUGGCGGGGAAGAAAGUGACUGUCUUGGGGUAUGCGUUCAAGAAGAACACUAAUGACACGCGCGAGUCACCUGCGCUGGAGAUCAUCCGGACGUUGUUGGAGGAGGGACCCAGGGAGGUGGCUAUUUUCGAUCCGUGCUGCCAUCCCGGGAUGGUUCGUGAGGAAGUCAAGAGGCUCUUGGGAGAAGACCUGGCUUUCAAGAUUCUCAAAGAGGAGGGUGGGCCCUUGGUUGUGUAUGAGAACGCGUAUGAGGCGUGCGCUGGCUCCAAUGCCGUUCUGAUCACCACCGACUUUGAUGAGUUCAGGAACAACAGCAGCAGCCAGCAAAAGAAGCACCUACACGGCAUCAACACAGGCAGCAUUAGCCCUGAUGGUGUAGCAUCAGCUGGAAAGAAACUAGGGAGGGUUGUCUCACUCGACCUCAGACCUUUCGAGUCCGUUGAGUCCUCGGAGUUGGACCUCUUGUCUCUUCACAAGCAUCUCACCGAGCAGGCAUCUUCCAAAUUCCCGUCACUCGGUUCCGGCUUCACAGAAUCAAUGGAUCCUCUGAAAAGAUUCAAUGCUGAGCCGCCAUGCGAUGUCGACUGCCCAGAUUGCAGCCUUCAGAAUAGUGGCUAUGCUCCACACGAGGAGUACAAAACCAAAGACAAGAUAGACUGGGCCAAGAUCAGCUACCACAUGAGCAAGCCGAGAUGGCUAUUUGACGGAAAAGGAGUGCUUGAAGACAUCAAGGAGAUGGAGCUGCUUGGUUUCUGUGUCAAGAGCGUUGGCCGAUGAGUGCUAGUUUCUAGUAUGGGUAAAUUUGAGUUGGACAGCAAUGAGAACUGAUAAAUACAUUAGUACUGUAUGUAGAGGCAGAUAACAUAGAAUAGAUUGAAAUUGUACUAUAGAUUAGUAUC